AUGGGGAUGUAUUGUCUUGCCAACCAGUUGAAAGCCUGGAACAGACGUAGUGCUAUAAAGCUACGAGUGAUUCGUACCUACUGUGUAAUGGAAAGGAGAGGCUCUACUCAGAUCAAGAGCAGAGAGUUGAUUUUUCAUGACGAAGAGGGGACUGUUACGCAUGCCCAUAUACCAAACGACAUCCUUCCUAAAUUCCUUAACAGUUUUGUUGAAGGAUCUGUCUAUUGUGUAAAAAACUUCUUUGUGGUAGCCAACUGGCAUACUUAUAAAACCAGUAUGCAUGAAUACAUGUUGCAAUUCAAUGGUGAGACUAUUAUGAAAGAAUAUAGGUCUGCAAAUUUCCCUAGACACAUGUACAGAAUCAGGUCAUUCCAAAGUUUGAGGAGUAACCCAAGCAUAAAUGACAAAGAGCUGUUUGAUUUGAUUGGUCGAGUUGUUCAAAUACAUGCUCCACAACAGAAGACCAUCAAUGGCAAUGAUACUAGACUAAUUGAUUUUGUUAUAGAAGAUUCACAGGGUAAUCGUCUAACCUGUACUUUUUGGGAUGACCAUGUUGCAAAAAUUGAGCCUUUCUAUCAAUCUCCUGGUAAUGAGCCUCUGUAUGUGCUGAUCCAGUGCUGUAGACUGAAAUUUGGUGUUAGAGAUGGUGAUGUAAAAAUCUGCUCCUCCUAUGAUGUCACUCAAAUUCACUUUAAUAUUGAUUGUCCUGAAAUGCAGCAGUUUAAAGAAAGUAUGACAGAGCUGUCCCAGCUUACACCCAUGAGGAGUAUAGCUUCCAUGUCUAGCAUGAGUUUCACAAACACUCAUGAUGAUUCGAGCACUCAAUCGCUGGAGCUCAUUACUAUUAAUGAUCUCUACGACACUGAAGAUUUUGGUGACUUUUGGAUAGCUGCAAGGGUAAAUGGUGUGGAAAAACCAAGUGAUUGGUUUUAUAUUUCCUGUCCUAAGAAGGGUUGCAAUAAAGCACUCAAACUUUCUGAGGGUGUCAAUAAGUGUUUCAAAUGUAAUGAAAUCCCUGAUGGUAGUGUUAGAAAGUAUAAACUCAGAGUGCGUGUAGUUGACAUGAAGGGUACUGCAUCCUUUUUGAUAUGGGAUAGGGAAUGCGUUGAUUUGCUAGGUAUUGCAACAGAAGACCUAUAUGAAAGGAAUUUGAAUAACCUUGGACACAUAAAGGAGAUAUAUGAACUCAAAGGGAAGACAAUGCUUUUCAAGAUUUCAGCAAAGAAGGAACACUUUGUUCGUCGUAAUAUCCCAUUUCCUGUAGUGAAAAUUAACACUGACCAGUUACUGCUGCAACAACUCUGCCCUGAUCUUCUAGCUUUAGAAGAAAAUGACUUUAACUCUGAAGGCCCUAUAAGCGAGGGGGAUGAUAAAUUUUUGGAGGGGUUUGAGAGUGAUGAGGGGGAGAGUCCUGUUGCUCUGUUGGCUCCAACGAGUAGUACAGAUUGUACUACUGAUGGACCAGUCAAGCGUUGUUUGCUUGAUUCAUUCUCCUCAACCAAGGGUGGAAAGAAAGUGAAGCAAUGCCAUGUCAAUUUGGUUACUAUUGUGUAUGACAGUUAUGUUUUGUUUCUGGUGUUGGUUUCUGUUUUAAACUGUACCCCGAAUUUCGCUAUUGGUUAUGAUUUCAGGUCUAAGGGCAGGAGAUGUAAAGCAGAAACUUUGUUUCUGGUGUUGCUUUCUGUUUUAAACUGUACCCCGAAUUUCCCUAUUGGUUAUGAUUCAAGAUCUAAGGGCAGGAGAUGUAAAGCAGAAACUUUGAGCAAAGUUGGAGCACUGCUAUAA